GCCGCGCGCCCGGCUCGGCCAGCAUGAAGAAGCACCACCCGCACUCGGUGCAGGGCACCUUCAGCCGCCUCUUCGGCAAGCGCCACUCCAGCCCCAGCGCCACGUCCCUGUUCGCCACCAACCCGCCCUGGAUCUUCACGCAGGAGGUGACCUCGGACAGCGCGGGUGGCACCGGUGAUGUGAUCGAGGUGUACUACGGGGACAAUCGCUUCGGGACAGUGACAGACUCUGGCACAGCAACGCUCAAACCCCGUCCCAGGGUCCGGCCCCUGCUGACCUUCCUGCCCCUGAACGCCCAAGAAUCCCAUGGGGUGGCUGUGCCAACGCCGUCGGUGCCAGAAGACUUUGAGGAAAAGGCAGCUCUUGGCUCUGGCUCGCAGCUCAAUGGCAAUUACCGGAUGUACAGCUCGGUGGGGGACCUGCGCCCGCAGGCCCUCGAUGGGGGUGACCUGGAUGAAGACAUCCCCCCACCGCCAUCGGUGCCCCCUCCACCCCCUCCAGCAGUGCCACCCCCUCCAGCCUCGCCCGUCCCUCCACCCCCCGAAAUGCUGCCGCCACCGCCACCCGAGCUGGUGCCACCUCCCCCUGCCAUGGCAGCCCCACCACCUCCCUCCUCUGCCCUGUCCUCCCCCAGCACUCCAGCUCCUCCCGAUUUCAUCCCACCCGCCCCGCCGGGCGCCCGGGACCCCGCGGGGCCCCUCCCACCCUGCUUCACCAUCAGACCCGCGGCCAAGGCACGCCUGGGCGAAGCCGAGCAGAGGAAUUCGGGGCUCAGACAGGGCGUUGGGAAGUCGGCUGUGCCCCCUCCGCUGAGCCCCAAGCCGGGCCCGGGGCUCAGCCAAGGGGUGAAUGCUGCCGGCCGCCGCUCCCCACUGCCGGGCUCCGAGGCGGAGAAGAUUCCCCAGCUGAAAACAGCCGGGACAGACUCCCCUCCAAAAUCUGAACCUCUCACUGCCAACGACCUGGAUCUCCCUCCUCCGGACUACCCGAGCUGUGAGGAUGACUGGAAGGAUGCCAACAACCUGAACAAGCUGCGGGACGAGCUCUCGGCGCUGCUGCGCUCCCCGCGCCGGGAGGAGAGGCCGCUGGACAGGCCGGGCGCUCCGCAGCCCCUGGACAGCGCUCCCAGCCGGGCUGGCAGCCGUGAGCCGGGGCCCAGCGAGCCCCAACUCGCCAGGAAGGACACGGGGUUAUCCAAGGGAGGGGAGAGUGGGAAGAAAGAGGUGCCCAGCAGCCCCCCCAGCACCAAUGGGGGCUUUCCCAGCGCUGCAGUCACCACCCUGGAGAGCAACCCUGACACGCAGCCCCGCAGUGUGAGGACGAUCAGGAACGAGCUGGAGGCUGUGCUGUCCCUGAAGAAAGAGGGGAAACCCGCCCCGGGGCUCAGCAGCCAGAAGCAGGGUGUGGAGAAUGGCAUCAGCACCCCACAGGUGAGGAAGAGCCCCCCUGACCUGAGGAAGAGCCCCCCUGACACAACUGGCUCAGUGGUGCCAAAACCGCUCCCAGCCCCUGCUGUGGAGAAAGAUGAGACAGAUCCCAAGGACCGUCCUGCUCCUGCUCCUGGCAAGGUCACAGAGGACCUGAGCUCUGCUCCCGGGUCCCCCAACAGCAGUGCGAGUCCCCCAGACCCACUUCAGGGACCGGCAGAGGAGCCCCCUGCUCCCAGCCCCUCCUCACCCCCGGUGUCCCCUGCACAGAGCCCGGCACCACAGCCCAGCUCGGCCGUGUUCCAGUACAAAGUGCACCGGGCCGGGGCCGGCCAGGCCGAGCCACCCCCUGCACCGGGCUCAGCUGAGCCCUCCUGCCCCGGGAGCUCGGCCAGGAGCCCCCCGGGGGGAGUGCCCAGGGAGGAGGAGAACGGGGACACGGCGCUGGACUUCGGGAUUAUCCCCCCACCCCCCGAAUUCAGCAACGAGACAGACGAGGGUCCCCUCCCGAGGCGGGAGGAGAACCGCAAGUGCCCCAGUGUCCCUGACAGCAGCCAGGGCUCGGGCGAGCCGCGCUAUUUCAGGUGGUCUGGCUACAGCCGCAGCUACGGGGGCAGCCAGGAGCCGGCAGCUCCGCCGGCCUUGGAGAAGAGCUGGAGGAACGGCGACUUCACCCCCCAGUACCCGGAUUACAGCAGCUCCACGAGUUUCCCCAGCCACGGCCCCAACCCACGCCCGCUGAUCAAGAAGCGCCUGUACAUGUCCGAGCCCGACAGCUCCUACCCCCGGGCAGCCGCAGCCCCCCGGGCCUCGGGCACCCUCUCCUCCUACGGCCCCGGGGGGUUCAGCUCCACGGCCGGGGAGGGGUCUCGCCGCCUGGGCUCUGCCCACAGGAACGGCCCCUCCAGCGCCCAGGGCAGGCGGGCGACCGCGGACGCUGCUGGCAAAGCCGCGGCCUACGGCGGCACCGGGGCUGACGCCAAGUACAAGGGGCAGAACGGGGACUUCUCGCCCGCCAGCGUGCUGGCAGCCAGCAGGCCCGCCCACGGCACCUCGCACUACGGGCCCCCCUCCAACACCUUCACGGUGCGGCCGGGGACGCGCCAGCCCAUCUCCUACACCUACCAGAGCCACCGGUAGGAGUCGGGGCCGCCCGGGGAGGGCGAGAAGGUGCCCGGCUUGGUCCUUCCCUUCUCCACGGGCACCAGCGACGGUCCCGACCCAGCCUGAAAAUGCACUUGCUUGAGACUGCUGACGGAGAAGGUGGGGAAUGAGCCUGAGACUUGGACUUUUAUCACAGGACUGUCAUGGAGAGUAGUUACUGAAGAGGGCAGGCUGCUGCCUUGUUACCUGAGCAAACGUGGCUCCCCUUUUUCCCAUUUCCCUCCUGGAUUGUUUUCAGAAUGCAGCCUGAUAGGCCACCUAGGAAAGCCAAAGAGCAUCCUCAGCUUUCUUUAAAGAGCAUCACCACUGGCAAGAUUGAUUUCAGUUUGGUUUUUAAUUGGUUUAACUCUCACAUUUGGGAGCAGGGAGAAACCAACUGAGAGAUGUGCACAAUGGAAGCAAAGCAGUGUAUAGCUGAAUGUCAGGGAUUAAAAUAAGAGUGUGAGGCCAGUGGGAUAGGAGGAGAGUUUAGGAUGCCUAGAUCCUGACCCUUUCUGUCCUUCAAGAGUUUGGAGCAAAUCAAUUCUGCCUUAAACCCGGCUUUGGGCAGUCAGUGCCUGUCCUGCUGAGCUGGGCUCUGACCCUUCUCCAGGAGCAGCUUUGGGAGCAGGGACCUUGCUUUGCUGUGCCUUUAAAUGUAAAUGUUGGCCACUGUAAAUGUUUCUGUUGGUAAUUAUUCCUCGUGGGAGGAGGCUGUGAGGCCUGCCUGGAUGGCUGUAAAGCACUUCGGAGGACGUGGGGCAAUCCUUUUCCUUGGGCUGGUGGGUGCCAUCGACCCGCCCAGGUGCUGUGCUGCUGGUGCUCCCCCUGAGGGGUCUCUUGCCACUUCACACCUGUGUGACUCCCAAAGUGUCCUUGUUAACUGCUCUACUGACACUUGGCUCCCGGACCGAGAAGCUGAAUUUCAGUGGGACUGUGUUGAUCCUGGUGGGGUGUGGGGUGUCUGCAGGGACACCCCGCAGGGAGCUGGCUCCUGCUGUUCCCCUCAGUGCUUUUCCAGGUGCUGGAUGUGCAGCGCUGCCUCUGCAGGGGUGGGAGCUGUGAGCAGCCUUCAAGGGGAUUUCAGCCUCCAGAGUGAGCAGUGGGGUCUCACCACAGCUGACCUGAUUUGGGAAUAGCCAACCUCCUAAAACUAGACACACAGAAUCUUCCUCCUAGGUAAACUUGCUGAAAUCACUGUAAGAUAACUGUAAAAACUUGUAGAGAGUAUUUUCUGAUCACUGACAAACUAAAAGCACUUUGAGACAUGAGUCUGUUUUUAUGGAAAGCACUUUCUGUUUUCAAUGCUAUAAAUACCACUGGUUCCACUCCAGCUUACCCUGCCUGGCACAAACCUGGAUGUGGCCUGCAAGUAGAUCUUGCUCUGCAAUUCAGCUCAAAAUCAGGGAUAAAUUUGCCUUCACAGUGGAAUUCUCAAAAGUUAUCUUGAUGUUGAAGUCAUGUCACUGACAUUCUAUGUUUUGUAUUAUUUCCAGCUUUACCUAAUAAUUUAACAGCCCUUUCAGCAGCAGCUUAAAGUAUUCUGAACUUUACUUUGCUGUGAAUAAAUGAAAAUGCAAAUACAGUAAUCAGUCUAAUGGCUAAUUCAAAGGGCAUUUUUAUGCCAGUAAGUCAUGGUGACUUGGAAGAUUUCCAUUGCUCACCCCAGCCAAUGUUGAAAUAAUAGGCUUUAAAUAUUUGGGUGUUGGUUUUAAAAAAAUAUUUAUGGAGAAAAGUGACUAUGGAGUAACUCUAAGGACAUUUAAGUGUGCCAAGUGUCAUGUGGAAUACCACCUGCCCCAAAACAUGGAAUUUUCUCUGUGCAAGGAGCAUCCUGAGCACUCUGAUUCAUCUGUAGAAGCAAAUCCGUGCUCCUCCUUGAGGGGCUUCACUGUCAUGUUUUGGUAUUGGAUGAAGUUUCACCAGUUUAACUUGAAAGCAAACAAAGAA